UUCUCAGUCCAGAUUUCUUCAGAAAUCUGUGUAUCUCUCUCAUGUUAGUGCUCGAGACGUACCAGCACAAGACAUCGCUAUCGCUAGGGAUUUACAAUCGACAACUCUCAAAACUCGUUCGUCUCUUCUCCCCGCUUGAUUUCUGGGUGUUACAAAUUUGGAUUGUUUCCACUAUCUGAGUGGGUUGAACGUCACCAGUUUGGAAACUGUAAGUUUAGAUUUGGGACUAAACCUGUCACUCUUAUGUGAGCUGCUCAGAGGAAUCAGUGCACCUCCUUGUUUUAACUUUGACAUUAUAGUCACUUGUAUUUGCUCUAGGUGUUACUGCAAUGCACCGUGUAGGUAGUGCAGGGAAUACUGCCAACUCAACUCGCCCUCGUAAAGAAAAGAGACUGACAUAUGUGUUGAGUGAUGCGGAUGAUACUAAGCAUUGUGCUGGUGUAAAUUGUUUGGCCUUGUUAAAGUCUUCUGCAUCUGGAGCAUGUGAUUAUCUCUUCACUGGGAGCCGUGAUGGCACCCUAAAGAGAUGGGCACUGGGUGAAGAUUCUGCCACUUGCUCAGCUACUUUUGAGUCACACGUUGACUGGGUAAAUGAUGCUGUCAUUGCUGGUGAAAACACACUUGUUUCCUGCUCUUCAGACACCACUCUCAAGACAUGGAAUUGCCUCUCCGAUGGAACCUGCUUCAGGACUCUCCGUCAGCAUACUGACUACGUCACUUGUCUUGCUGCAGCACAAACAAAUAGCAAUGUUGUUGCCUCUGGUGGCCUUGGUGGGGAGGUCUUCAUAUGGGAUGUUGAAGCCGCGGUUACUCUGCAUUCAAAGUCAAGUGAUGCAAUGGAAGAUGAUUGUUCAAAUGGGGUAAGUGGUUCUGGGAAUUCGUUACCUAUGACGAGUUUACGCACCAUUGGCUCAAGCAACAGCAUUUCGUCUCACACAACUCAGUCUAAUGGAUAUGUCCCGGUUGCUGCCAAAGGUCAUAAGGAGUCUGUUUAUGCAUUGGCAAUGAAUGAUAGUGGAACCCUUCUUGUAUCUGGUGGAACAGAGAAGGUUGUGCGUGUUUGGGACCCAAGAACCGGUUCAAAGACCAUAAAACUAAGAGGACAUACUGAUAACAUUAGGGCUUUACUUCUAGACCCCACUGGCAGGUUUUGCUUAUCAGGAUCUUCUGACUCUAUGAUCAGAUUAUGGGAUCUUGGACAGCAGCGUUGUGUGCAUUCUUAUGCGGUGCAUACUGAUUCCGUGUGGGCACUUGCCAGCACACCAACGUUCAGUCAUGUUUAUAGUGGUGGAAGGGACUCUUCUUUAUACUUGACAGACUUGGCAACAAGGGAGAGUCUCUUGCUUUUCACAAAGGAGCAUCCCAUUCUGCAAUUGGCACUGCAUGAUGAUAGUAUGUGGGUAGCAACAACAGAUUCUUCAGUUGACAGAUGGCCCUCUGAGGGAUGGAGUCCUCAAAAGGUUUUUCAGAAAGGUGGGUCAUUUUUGGCCGGAAACUUGUCUUUCUCAAGAGCGAGAGUUUCCCUGGAAGGUUCUACCCCUAUGCCUGUAUAUAAGGAACCGGCCUUAACCAUUCCUGGAACCCCAGGAAUAGUGCAGCAUGAGAUUUUAAAUGACAAAAGGCGUGUAUUGACUAAGGAUACUACUGGUUCGGUGAAGCUAUGGGAAAUUACCAAGGGGGUUGUGGUUGAAGACUAUGGAAAGGUUUCUUUUGAGGACAAAAGGCAAGAAUUAUUUGAGAUGGUAAGCAUUCCUGCAUGGUUCACUGUGGAUAGCAGGCUUGGAAGUUUGUCCGUUCAUUUGGACACACCACAAUGCUUUUCUGCAGAGAUGUAUGCAGCAGAUCUUACCAUUUCUGGGAAACCUGAGGAUGAUAAGGUUAAUCUAGCUUGUGAAACCCUUAAAGGUCUAUUGGUUCAUUGGUUAGCCAAAAGGAGACAGAGACUUGGAUUGCAAGCUUCAGCUAAUGGGGAUGUUAUGUGUGGGAAGGAUAUUACUGCUAGAAGUCUUGCUCAUUCCAGAAUUGAGGUAGAUGGUAAUGCUGAAAAUGACUCCAUGGUGUAUCCUCCUUUCGAAUUUUCAACAGUUUCCCCUCCUUCAAUUAUUACUGAAGGAUCUCAAGGAGGACCAUGGAGGAAGAAAAUAACUGAUUUAGAUGGAGCUGAAGACGAGAAGGACUUCCCUUGGUGGGUUCUAGAUUGUGUUUUAAAUAACCGGCUUCCGCUGAGAGAAAAUAUGAAGUGCAGCUUUUAUCUGCAUCCGUGUGAGGGUUCAGCUACCCAGAUCCUUACCCAAGGCAAACUAAGUGCACCUCGCAUAUUGAGAAUACAUAAAGUUGUCAAUUAUGUAAUAGAGAAGAUGGUCCUUGAUAAACCAUUGGAUAGUGUAAACCCUGAUGCAGCGUUUUCCCCUGGACUUGGUGGGGGGCCAUUACAACAUUCAGCUGUUGGAGAUGGAUCUUUCAGGUCUGGGUUGAAGCACUGGCAAAAGCUGAGGCCUUAUAUAGAAAUCUUAUGCAAUAAUCAGGUCUUGCCACCAGACAUGAGCUUAGCCACGGUGAGGGCUUAUAUAUGGAAGAAACAAGAGGAUCUGGUCCUCAACUACAGAGUGGUUCAGGGUCGGUGAUGGUGUAAGACUUUGCGACGGAAGAUUUGGCCAAAGGCGAAGAAGGUAAUGUUAUAUAAUUGGGGAAGAUGCUGAUUCUUCUUGGGUGCGUUUUCUUGAUCAGACUUGUCUCUUGGGGCCUUGUAAAUUUGGAAAAGCUGGUUGAUUUUUGAUCCUGCCAUGAAGAUAAUAGAGAAGGUGGUAUUACAAGUUUUGAAUUCUUCUGGGACGCUGCAAAAUCCGUAGGCCAAGCAUGCAUUUGGCUGUAGCAAGGUAUUGCUGAUACAUCGAUCUUCAGAACUUUCAUUUCGUGGAGCCAACUAGAAUUAUAAUGGCGAAAGCUUUGUAGAUUUUGUAUCUUGGGGUACGAUACUUAGCUGUAGAAACUGUUUAGAGGUGAUUUUUAUUUUUUAACUUAAACAGUACGGUAUGGAGAUUGUGAUAAAUUAUCAUUUAUAUAGUAUAUUUAAUUAUUUAUUCCUUUGU